AUGCGCCGCGCCGGAAAGGGGGAGAGGCGACUAAACAGGAAUCAUGCCGACACCCUAGAGGAGAGCAACACCGUCCGCGUCACAGUCCCAGCAAAGAAAUCGAAGAAGAAAGCAAAAAUGGGCCAUGAAAAUCCAGUAGAGCAAGCCAUGACCAUUCUCAGGAACAGGCUCACCAAUCCCUCUUUCGUCUUCUCAUUUUUCUCCCAAUUUACUGACUCCAAUUACAGUAAACUGAAGUAUAUAAUAUCAAGUUCAAUAACCGAGGCAUGUAACAAUUCGGUUCUUCUUUUGGGUCCUAGAGAAUGUGGGAAAAGUGCGGUGUUAGAGCUAGUUCUUGAAGAGCUACUAAAAGAGUAUCAAGACAUGGUUACCGUGAUUAAACUCAAUGGGCUUCUCCAUAGUGACAACAAUUGCGCCUUGAAGAUGGAGAUGGAUAAGCCAGGUUGUCACUCUUCUGAUGUCUGUACAAUUUCUAUCCGAAAAGCAUUGGAGAUAGCUAGGCAAUUGUGCCUGGAGCAUCAAUUGCAAUUCUCUAAAAUGGCUUCAUUUGAUGAUAACUCCCACUUUUUGAUGUCCAUGUUGAGGGAGUGUGGAUUAGCACAUAAAACAAUUGUUUUUGUGCUGGAUGAGUUUGAUCUUUUUACACAGGGAAAACAGCGACUUCUUUACAGUUUGCUUGAUGCAAUGCAAUCCAUCACAUCACAAGCUGUUGUAGUUGGAGUGAGUUGUCGAUUGGACGCUGAUCAGCUUUUGGAGAAGAGAGUAAGAUCUCGUUUUUCACAUAGGAAGUUGUUGUUUCUUCCUCCCUCAGGUGAUGACUUGCUGAGACUUGUUAAGCACAUUCUACUAUUGCCGACAGAUUCUGGGCUCCCAAACGAUUACACAACUGCUUUUAAUGCAGAACUUUCUGUAUCCAUUCCCUGAAAUCAUUAAAUACUGUUUGCUGUGUAGUUGCUUUUUUCUAGGAAUGGAUUCACUGAUCCAAUGCAUUUUACUCUGAGCAUAUAUGUAAUUGCAAAUACAUGCCAUUUAAUCAGCUAUGAGGUUGAACAUUCUAUUACCUAGCUUCAUCGUUUCUGGAUCUGAACGAGAAUAAAAAGGGACCUCCAUUAAAUUACAUCAGGUUUAAGGUGCUCUUAAAUAGUUUUUAGUUGAGUAGGGAGGAAGUGGAUUACUUAGGAGACUGGUUCUAGUCCUUCCUAAGAAGUAAGGUGAUCUUAUUAAAUGUUCCUAUUGAUAAUUGUCUUAAUACAAUUAUAAGUAUAUACCAUGCCGCGACUGUCAUGAUCUUGUUAACUCUCUGCUGAUUAACUUGAAUUAUAUUCAGAUAGAGUGGUCGAAAAUAAAAACUAAGUGGUGCAGCUUUGAUUUAGGAUCAUAUUUACUCCCAGCUGAAUGUAUUAGACUAUUAGGCAAAGUCUAAUAGUGAUGAAUAAGGGCCACAAAAAUCCCCAUCAUGACACACACAUAUCUAAUUGCCUUAAUCGGCAAAUGAAAACUAUUGUGCCUAUCAUUUUCUCUUGAAACUUCCUUUUGAAAGCGCAGUCCCAUAUAUUUGUCUGUAAGUCAUGUCUAUCUGUCUGUCUCAAAAGAUUGUUUGUUUUACAAUUAUAAGGACCUCAUCUACUCUUUUUCUCUUUUCUUUUCGUUUUUUCCCCAAUCGCAUUUUACGUAUGACUGUGAGACAAAUUUUAAACAAGAACUCAUCAUAUGAAACCAAGUUUCUGUAUGGUUCCUAAAUCUUCUACAUUUGAUGCAAAUGGUUAGAGUUCCUUGACAUUUUCCAGAACAUUCUAGCAGAUGAAAAAUUCAAGAAAAUCCUUGAUACAUUAAGUUAUUCUGAUUCGACGGUUGGCCAUCUAUUGAGAUUUCUGUUCUCAGCCGUUUGUCAAAUAGAUCCGAAUUCUGGUUUGCUAUCAGUGGAGAAUUUUAAAUCAUCACUACGGAGAAUAGAAAGGCAACCGAAGCUUGAGGCUUUGAAAGAUUGCUCCAUUUUAGAACUUUAUAUUUUGGUUUGCAUGAAAAGGCUGGAAGUGAAAGAGCUGGAGUUAUGCAACUUUAAUUCUAUAAUGAAAGAGUACAAAAGCGUACAUGAUACGUUUCAAACCUCCGACUAUUAUGCACGGAAUGUAUGCUUACGGGCAUUUGAGCAUCUUUUGGCACGUGCACUAGUCGCCUUUGAGGACAACAGAGGUCAUGGCCAAUCUUCCGAGUUUCGUCCAGUGAAGCUUUUAAUAUCAUGGCACGAACUACAUCAAGGGUUGAAAAAUAAUCCCUGUUGUCCGGCAGUCCUACUUAAGCUAAUGGAUCGCGAAGGUUAAUUACAGAGUAUAUGAUAUUAGGUGUUCAACUGAGGUGCUUUUAACAUUUUGCAUUUGGGUAAUUCAAAGAAGAGAGAUUUCCCAAGUAAGAGACAUUUUUAGACGCCACAGUUUUGUGAUAAAAGAUCAAAUAUUGCCUGAAUCGAUUCAGUUCCCUUUCCAUCAUUUUUAUAUUCAUUUACUUAUUCCUCUAUUCUCUGUGGUUUGUAAGUUUUCCCUAUGAGUAUAUAAGAAGUGUGACUGCAUGAAAAAAUGAUAGCUUCUCCCGUGUUUUCAUUUUCGUUGAGCUUGUGUGCGUACAGUGAGUGAGUUCAUCUCAAACCCAUAUUCUCUACGGGAGGGUAGAAUUUAUUUUACUUCAGAGUCGUGUGAACAAAAUUAAGGGCAUCCGCAACGCGGAGUUCUUCUUUAAGGGCAUCCGCAACGCGGAGUUCUUCU